AUGGAAGCCUCCAGUACGGCUGCAUCAACCAUCGCCUUAUUCGAGAAGCUCGAAAAGCUCUUCCAGAUAAUCAAGGACAUUAACAAUCUUCCAAACGCUAUCCACAGAGUGGGAGAUUCUUUCCCAAUAGUCUUGGAUGUUGUCAAGGUUGUCCGAGAUGAACCCAACACGAAGUUGCCGGGGUAUGUGAACGCAUUUCUCGAACUUUGCAACAACCAGGCGAAGCGAAUUGGAUACAUCUUCAACGCAAUCAGGAAAGCAAUGAAGCAGAGAAGUGAGGAUAGAAACUGGUCGACAUUCGUUGAUUUCUACCGCGAGAAGGUCCGCGAGGCGGGCAAAGUGGAAGCCCUGAUGGAGUCGAUCUUGCAGAAACUGAGGAACUUGGCCGUUACUCAAAUUUUCAAAUCACUCGACGAGGCAAAACCAGCGAUUGACAAAAUGACUGGAGCCAUCAAGGCUCUUAAGGAUGCGGAACCGCCGUUGCCGGACUCGGACUUCAACGAGAGCGCGGCCUAG